GCCCCACUGCUUAGGUACUCUAACGCUUGUAUAUAUUUUCCUACAAACUUACAAUCACUGCGAAACUGUUACUAUUUUUUUUUACCGCCGAAUUCGCUCAAGACUAACGUAAUUUUUCACUUGUGUAUGCGCAUUUUUUUUUUUUUCAUUCAUUCAUUAUUAUUAAACAAUCUCGAAUUUUUUAUCUCACCUUACAACGGAAUUUUUUCUAUCGCGAUUGUCAAGUUGUGGUAGUGUUUUCAGAGUGCAUUAAAUAGUUAUUUUUCUCCAGCGUUUUGUCGGUGGCGCGAGCAGCUGUUAAAAUUCAAUAUGUUAAUCACAUCGUUACGCCAAAGGAAACUUAUAAAUGGAAGAUUCUCGAGAUCCCAGAAGAUAUGCUAUUACGGAACGAAAUUAAUCCUAUAUUCGUCCUUAAUCCUGUUAUUUAGCUGGAGUUCGGCCGAAGUUGCUAAAGAUAACGGGACUUCAAAUUCGAAUAUAAGCGAUAGAAACGAACCAUUUGAGAAAUUCUCUCUUUCAACAAGCAAGCAAACAGAAGCAAAUACCACCAUAUUUACUACCAUUGGUACGACGCAGCAACCAGAGAAAUGUGUGAAAGCUGCCAUCGAACAAUUUCCACGAUCUAUAAUAGGUCCCACAGCCCGAAAAUACGGUGCCAUCAUUAUACAUAUUUUGAUCUGCGUGUAUAGUUUUUUCGGUUUAGCCAUCACGUGCGAUAAUUACUUCGUGACGUCAUUAGAUCGAAUUUGCGAAGAACUGAAAUUAAGCGCUGAUGUGGCUGGAGCUACUUUCAUGGCUGCUGGAAGCUCAGCUCCCGAACUCGCUACCGUAAUAAUUGGCGUUUUCUUGGCCCAAGACGAUAUAGGAAUCAGCGGGGUAAUCGGGUCGGCGGUUUUUAAUAUUUUAUUCGUCAUUGCUAUUUGCGGAUUGUUUGCUACCUCAGCGUUGUAUCUAAGUUGGUGGCCAUUAUGCAGAGAUUGCUUCUUUUAUACGUUGAGUAUUCUCAUAAUGCUUAUUGCUAUUGCCAACGAACAAGUUAAUUGUUUCGAGAGCAUUUUGCUACUGGUGACGUAUGCCAUCUAUUGCGUCUCGUUGUAUUACAACGAAAAACUAGAAGUUUGGGUAUCUCAAUUUCCUCCUUUUAAUACGUUAUCGUUACCGACGGCUCCGACCAAAGAACCCACUGAAGAUCCGUAUACUCAUUUAGAAGAUAACAAAACUCCGGGUUAUUCGGCUACCGGAGAAACGUAUCCUGAAAAGCAGAACAGCAUUGAAGAUGGUGGUCCUCGUGCCAGCAACGGAGCUAUCAGCGCAGAUCACGUUAAUUAUUAUAAACCGAAGGAACCGAGACCUUCUGAGGUGAAUCCUUUGAUAAUGCCAGCUACCACGGACAUUUUCGAAAUAUAUCGAUGGUACAUCGUUUUCCCCAUUCACUACCUUUCUCAAGCGACGAUGCCGGAUUGCAAGACUGACAAGUACAGGAAUUGGUAUCCGGCUACGUUUGCCAUAUCGAUGAUCUGGAUAUCAUUUUAUUCGUACAUUAUGGUCUGGAUGAUUACCAUUAUUGGACACACGUUUGGAAUCCCUGAUACAGUUAUGGGUCUUACUUUUGUAGCUGCUGGUGUCAGUGUUCCAGAUGCUCUUUCAAGCUUGGCAGUCGUUAAAGAAGGUUAUGGUGAUAUGGCAGUAUCAAACGCUGUAGGAAGCAAUGUAUUCGAUAUAUUGGUAUGCCUAGGACUACCGUGGUUUUUAAAAACUGGUAUCAUUAGUCCUGGAACUGAGAUAAAGGUGUACAGUAAAGGAUUGACGUAUUCCACACUCUCUUUGCUAUCGACCGUAGUAAUGCUGAUCAUGGCAACGCAUUGGAACGGAUGGAAACUGGAUAAGAAAUUCGGACUCAUUCUAAUGAUCGGAUAUUUCGUCUUCAUCAUAUUCGCCAGUCUAUACGAGUUGAAUGUUUUUGGUAAAAUGAACCCAGCAGUUUGCCCAUCGAAUUAUUAACGAGGUUUUCUUCCAAUAUCCGUACUGUCUUAUAGUCGAUUCAGUCGAAUGUAUCAUGUAAAAUGUUCUCCGAGAAAAAAAUUCUACUUUUUUUUUGUUUUUGUUUGUUUAGAAAAAUGUGGUGACUGGUUACUCGUACAUAAAAGCGCGGGUCGUAUAACGGCUAAAUUAAACGCGUUAGUUUAAGGUAUAUUUACCUACCUAUUUUACUUACCUAUUCGUUGUUAAUGUGUAUUUUAGUUUAAUUUUUACCGAUAUUUGUUACACUACUUGAUGUGACGUUGAAGAGUCAGAAAGGACAUAUCGUAAAUUCGAGUGCGCUCUAUAGAGGCAAUUUGAUCUCAAAAAGAAAUACCUACCUAAUCAAAAUCAUACUUAUACCUAUGUACGUAUUAAGUUCCUGCAUGCAAUUUGUACCCUAUUCCUUCAACUAAACCAUAAACUCACAAAGUGAAACGAUCGAUUAAUAUUUUAUUGGUAUUUUUCUCGACUCACAAUGCAGGAAAUUAGAUAGGUAACUAAAUUUUUCCAAAACAGGACAAAACUACACCUUGAUUUGGAAAAUAGGCGAGUAAUUAUUUUAAGCGAGUUGUUAAAUUAGGUUUACAUUGAUUGAUAGAUUGUCCAGAACUCGUUUCUUCUGGUUUGCUGCAGUUUCCUUCGUAAUUAUCACGAAAUUCGAUUUACUUUUGCGAAUAGACGCGUAUUUCGCUAUAAACUAAACAGCUGAAAAAAAAAAAAUGGUGUCAAAAUUUCUAAUUUCACAGAAAGAGUUUCUAUUAAUCAUCUGCUCGAGUAAAAAACUCCUUUCUAUAAUUCUUAAAUUAUUCAAUUAUAUCGCAAACAACGACAAUAAAUUUUGAAAAAAUUUUACCAAAACAAUUGCGUAUCUAAGUAGUUAUAAUUUUUAUGUAUUCAGGUAUCAGUUUUUUUUUUGUAAAUUUUUGUUUUUGUAAUUUGUUUAUGUAUUUUAAGAUAAGUAUUUAAAUCAUACAGUGGUAAUAGAAAUUUACCAGAUACGCAAAAAAAAAAUUGUGUAUUUCGAUUACAAUAGCUCUCAAGGCGAUGUUAUACGUACAAGCUAACGAAAAUAAAUAUGCAGAAAAAUUGGUACCUAUAUAGGAAUUCACUGUUAAUAACGAACAAGAACAAUCCUUUAAUAACGUUGUGAUUUCCCAAGACAAUAAUAUUUUUAUCAUUGUAUAGAUUACAAGGACGAAAAAAAAAAAAUGUUUUUUAAAUAUUCUGUUUUAUACGUUUCAUUGGUAUAUUUACUUAAACGAAUAAAAAAAUAUACUCAUCUAUACGACAAAUACGACUAACGAGUAACUCGACUUUAAAAUCUGAUCAGCGAAUAUUAACGCCGCCGGCUUACAUGUUUUUUGUUUAGUUUUUCCCUGUCAAUUUAGCCUUUGCCUUUCUACUAUUACAUACUUUUUCGAUGUCAAUUUAGUCUUGUAGGCUAGUGCUUUAUGUGUCAAUUUAGAUUUUAAAUUUGUACUUAUGUAUCGCGUCUACCGCGCCAGAUGUUUCUGUUUUACUAUAUUUUUUUUUCAUUUUAAAUACAUGUUUGUGUGUGCGUUGAA